AUGGAGGAACAUCCACAUGAACAUAGGGAGGAGGUGAAGCCUUACAACCCUCCUUUUCCAUAUCCUCAAAGGUUCAAGAAAGAGCUUAAUGACCAACAAUUCCCCAAGUUUCUAGAGGUUUUCAAGAAGCUAGAAAUCAAUAUUCCACUUGCUGAAGCAUUGGAGCAGAUGCCUCUAUAUGAAAAAUUCCUCAAGGAGCUCAUUAAUAAGAAGAGGAGCUGGGAUGAAAAAGAAACUGUGAUCCUCACCCAAGAAUGCAGUGCUGUGAUUCAGAAAGGCUUACCACCAAAACUUAAGGAUCCUGGAAGUUUCUUUCUAUCAUGCACCAUUGGGAACAUGUCAAUUGGGAAGGCUUUGUGCAACUUAGGCUCAAGCAUUAAUUUGAUGCCACUCUCCAUGAUGAGAAGGCUAUCCGUUGAAGAGAUGAAACCCACAAGAAUGUCCUUGCAACUAGCCGAUAGGUCACUUAUUAUACCCACUGGAGUUGUAGAGAACUUGUUGGUAAAAGUUGGGGAAUUCAUCUUCCCUACUGACUUUGUCAUUUUAGACAUGGAAGAAGAGGGACAUAACUCAAUCAUCCUGGGGAGACCUUUUUUGGCCAUAGCAAGGGCUAUUAUUGAUGUAGAAAAAGGUGAAAUGAUCCUCAAGGUGCAUGAUGAAUAA